AAGGCACACUCACGCACAUACCGAGAACGGUACAAACCAUCAGAGAUAAUCCGACUGUUUUCAGCUUCAGGAUUCAAUUUCAGGGGUUCUUAUUUUGUCCUGUCACCCGGAGCCACUCCAGCAACCAUGAAUCCUGAAUAUGACUACCUGUUCAAACUUCUUCUGAUUGGUGACUCUGGAGUCGGAAAGUCAUGUCUGCUGCUGCGCUUUGCGGAUGACACCUACACUGAGAGCUACAUCUCCACCAUCGGAGUGGACUUCAAGAUCAGGACCAUUGACAUGGACAGCAAGACAGUGAAACUCCAGAUUUGGGACACAGCGGGUCAGGAGAGGUUUCGAACCAUCACCUCCAGCUACUAUAGGGGAGCCCACGGCAUCAUUAUCGUCUACGACGUCACAGAGCAGGAGUCCUUUCACAAUGUGAAGCAGUGGCUGGAGGAGAUAGAUCGCUACGCCUGUGAGAACGUCUCCAGGCUUCUAGUGGGAAACAAGUCUGACCUCAUCAGUAAGAAAGUGGUGGAUGUCGCCACUGCUCAGGACCUGGCCUCGUCUCUCAAUGUCCCCUUCCUGGAGACAAGCGCCAAGAGCUCGGACAACGUGGAGAGGGCUUUCCUCACCAUGGCCUCGGAGAUCCACAAGCGCGUGGCCAGCGAAGGAGGGGGCAUGCUGGGCGAGUCGAAAGAGACCAGGGCCCAGAGUGCUAAGAUCCACAGCGCCCCGUUGUGGCUGGGAGGGGACAAACAGACAGAUGAGGCCAGCAACUGCUGCUAAGCACGAGACACAGCUGGGAGGCUCAGGACCAUAUCAUUUUGUGCUUUGGACACACACUUAUUGUCAGAAUAUUGACAUCUUUGCUACUAAACUAAAGAUAUAAUGUUUCAGGAAAAAAGAACAUUUGUUUGGAGCUUGAUAUUAUUGGUAUUUUCCAAAUAAACAUAUGGAAACAUUUCUGCUAGGUUAAGGGACAGAGACACACAUGACAGAAGUAAUCAAAACUCGACCCAAUGAACACCUAGGAAAGUAUGGAAUUGGAAGUUUUCUAAACACGUAUUGCAUCACUCCUUUUACUCUAGAAAAAAAGAUGCAACAAUCUUUGAAUAACACAAAACAAGAAGAGUAGUGUAGGAUAUCAUUAGUUUGAGCUACGGCUGUUCAUUCAUUUAAAAUAUGUGUCUUUCUACCUCCCCUAAGAGGUGACUAAUUGUAUUUCAUCAGUGUUGUGUUGUGCUUUGCAUAUUCUUUGCAUACUUAAAUAAAUACAUCUCAGGAGUCUGGAUGCUUAAAAUAUAUAAAAAGCCCACAUGUCAAGAACAUGUCCAUCAGAAUGUUGUUACAGUUUGGACCAAAUAUACGUAGAUGCUGUUAUGAAAUAUAUAGUUAUAAUAUGCAAAGUUUAGGAAGUGAUUUCUGGACUAUGGGUAAUACUAGCAGUAAACGUCAAGAUAUCUAAGUCUCUGCUGUUAUUCAUUUUUAUUCUAUCCCUACAGUGUAAUCCAAAUUUAUGACUGGGAUACUUCAUCUGGAAUACACCUUUAAACGUUACAGAGUUACGGUUAACUUGUUAUGGUGGGAAGACAUGACAUGGGGAUUUACGCACCAAACCAAUCAAGUGUUAUAUUUAAAAAGGUGCUAAAUGAUUUCUGAUGUCAAUUGGAAAAAACAGAAAGUUAUAAUACCAUUUGCCUAACUUCCUUUGUACGAAUCAAAUAAUCAGGGAAAAAAGAAAACACAUGGCAGCUUUUUUAAGACAAAUGGAGGUAAUCUGUAGUCGUGGGAGGAGUGUACUACACAUUAACAACAAAAUUAUGAUAUACAAAAUACACACAAUUUACAAAAAGUUAGAAGGAUUUGGUUCAUUCGUAGUUAAUCAAGACCAGUGGUUUCAGAAAAAGCUCUGUCCACCUAUCCUGCGUGAAUUGAAGAAUGAAAAAACUAUUUUAUUCAAAAAAUUGUAGAACUGAGUCCAAACUACAUUCAAGGGGAUCACCACGUAAGUCUGCGUCUAACUAGAAAGAGGACAGAAAAUCUGAAAUAGGUUAGGGGAAAAAAAACAAAGAUAAGGUGCUGUUUCUAUUAUUUCCACUAGAUGUCACAGUUGCUGUGACUUUAAGCCCGGUUCCUGGUGCUCAAGCUGACAAAGUGAUCCGCAUCAGUUUUCCUCCCCCCAACCUUUCACCCCACACACUUCUACCUAGCUCUGUGUUUCACUUUCAUCUUCGGCGACAAGUAUUACUUCCAAAAAUGGUCUAACCUCACCUUGUCCUUCAUCUGGUUUUGUGUCCUUCUGUUCCUCUCAUCUAAUUAUUUUUACUUAACCGAUCCCCGUCAACCUGCAUCUCAUCCUAGAUCAUUCACCUACAUGUCUCCCCAUCCCCAUCAGCUUCUCGCUUUGCUGCUUCUGUCGCACUCUGAGAUAUGUUGAUGAAGGGUACGUUAUAAAUAAAACUAAUUCAUAUUAUUAUAAAUGGCGUCCUGUAAAACUAUCAAUUUGUUUAAAUUAUAAAAUGGUUAAACAGGCUGUACAGGCUAUAUUUAAGCCUUUGACACAAUGGCUAGACAACAAGGUGACCUUACACCUUGAAGUAAAACCUUAAAGCCAGAUUGAGAAAAAUAAAAUACAGACAUACUGAAUAAAAACUAUUGGCAUGAAUGCCAAAUACAUGGCAUUGCAUGGAUUAUCCCUUGUCAACCAAAAACAUGGUCACAGUACAGUCACCUGGUGGCUUCUAUCGGUUACAAUUCAAAUCCGGAUUACAGCAUUAUAGAAUAAAAUGUUUUUAUUAGCCUGAAAAUUGACCAGAUUCUCUCCUAAUUACAUGUUCUUGUCCCUCUAGACAUAUUACCCAACCGUCACCAAGCAUUUUUUUUCACUUUAUAAAAUUGCCCACUGCGCGCU